AUGAUAACCUUCAGUCUUCCCUCUGCCAUAAGGAGCUUGAUCCUACAGAAGACACCAGACAUCAGAAAUAUGUCCAGCAUGGCUGGGGUAAGGCUCCGACCAGCCAGCAUGGUGGUCCUGCACAGGUCCCUGGCUCCAGCCUUUGAAAAGUUCCGCCAAACCAACAAUGGCCCUCUGCCCCUCCUGGGCCUGACUGAGCCAAGCAAGUGGACGUUGCCUACCCCGAACGCUGUUCUGGACACCAGGACAGGGUGUCCCUAGUUCCGGAAGUACGAGUUUGUUGCCCACAGAGGCAGCCUGACCUCAUUGGAGGAGUACUCGGAGCAGCUGAGGGACAUGGUGACCUUCCUCCCGGACUGCAGCUCCUCCCUGGAAGCAGCCUUGGAGAAGGUGGGGCUCCCCAGAAGAGACUCCGUAGGGCAUGGUCACGUGGGUGUGUACGAGACGACAGCGCCUUGUGCCACCAUUGCUGGCUUUUGCUGCCACCUGGUGGUCACAAUGCGGCCCAUCCCCAAGAACAAGCUGGAAGGGCUGGCGCGGGCCAGUUGCUCCCCAGGGAAUAAGGGACAUCCCAUUCAUGUCGGCGACCCGGAAUGGUUGGGAAUCAAAGAUCUUUCUAGACCUGACUAUGGGGAGCCUGUGGUGUGUCAGCCGGGGGACGUCCCAGUGUUCUGACCUUCUCCAAUGACCAGCCUCGAAGCUGUCAGCAGCUGCAAGACCCCGCUGGCUUUCACCAGUGCACUGGGUUGCACAGUCAUGACCAACCUGAAGAAUACAGAGGCUCCACCCAGUUGUCUUACCCCUGAGGGAAUUCCUGAGGUCCAUCACAUUUCCCAAGAUCCUUUGCCCUACAGCAUCGCAUCAGCUUCAGCUGUUCAGAAGAUUAGAGAACUAGAGACUAUAAUUGUCAUAGACCCAGGCCACUGGAGGAUCGGGCACCUGCUCUGUAAAGGUGAGCUGCUGAGGGCCUCCCUGUCACUGUCCCACGCCCACUCGGUGCUCGUCACCGCCGGCUUCCCCACUCACUUCAACCAUGAGCCCCCAGAAGAGACAGACGGCCCAUCAGGAGCCAUUGCUCUGGCCGCCUGCCUACAGGCCUUGGAGAAGGAGGUCUCCGUGAUCGUUGACCUGAGAGCUUCGGGUUUGUUCAAGAAACCUGUUGAAGAUGCCGUUGAGCAAGGGGUCCUGAAGACACAGAUCCCCAUAUUAACUCUCCAAGGUGAAUCAGUGGGAGCUGCUCAGGCAUUUCUCUGCAAAGAUGGGGACCCCAAGUCACCCAGAUUCGACCAUCUGGUGGCAAUUGAGCGCACAGGAAGGGCCGCCAAUGGUAAUUGCUAUAAUGCGAGGAAGAUGAGCAUCAGGCACUGGGUUGACCCCACUGAUGAUCUUUUGCUGGCAGCACAGAAGAUUCCUGGAAUCUCAGCUACUGGUAAGGGUUGGUGAUGGGGCAAUCAGCUUGGGAAGGGCAAAGUCAAGGAGGCUGUGAAAAGACACAUACGAAAUGGGGAUGUGAUUGCCUGUGAUGUGGAGGCUGACUUUGCUGUCAUCACUGAUGUUUCUAACUGGGGAGGCUGUGCCUUGGCCUGUGUGCUGUACAUCCUCAACUCAUGUGAGGUCCACAGACGUUACCUAAGGGAGGCAGUUGGACCCUCCAGAGCACCUGGGGAGCAGGACUGGGCUCAGGCCCUUCCAUCCGUUGCUAAGGAAGAAAAAGUGUUGGGCAUCCUGGUGCGGCACCAAGUCCAGAGUGGAGUCUCGGGCGAGGUGGGCCCGGAGGUAGAUGGGCUGUCCUUCCACGGCACCCACGCCCAGAUGAUCCAGAAGCUGGUGGAUGUCACUGCGAUGGGUAUGUGA